AUGACAAUGAGGGCAGGGGUGAAUAUGAGACGUUACAGCGUGCCGAUUGAACUUACAGGAACUGUCAGGGGGACAAUGACAUCUGGAAGCUUUGACUCCAGCAGAAGCCAUUUUGGCCUGAUUGAGUCAGGACAAUGGACUACUGUGGGUGGUGACUGGGAGGUGAAUAAAACAGCAGGUGUGUUUGCAGUAUUCUCAUGUGGAUACGGUUUCAUAAUGAGGGGAAGGAAAAAACAGCGAGCAAGCAACUGUGGUGGGGAGCGAUGUGACUCAAAGCAAGCUUACGAUGAACCGCCACGAAAUCAAAACGGACCCUCGCACCUUUUGAACAUCUCCAGAUCCUUCCCCCCUCCGCCGUCGCAGCAGAAAUGGACACCGAGCCAUUUGAGAGACAUUCUGAGCGACUUUCCUAUCCCAGUUUUACAAUAUGAAUUACACACUGCUGGAAUAAGCUCCAUCAACCACACCCAAAUUGCCAUCCACUACAAAUAA